UAGCUCGUGAAAAAGAUAUUGGAUGUUGAAACAGUGGGUUUGAUGCGUUAUUAAGCUCAGACGGUAUUAAUGGUGUCCGUUAUUUCUAAAACUGUACGGAGAGUACUGUCGUCUGAAAAAGCUUAUUUCCCAAAGUAUUUCAUAUCUACUUCCGUCAGUUGCCACAAAAAUACCAAAUUAUCAAAUCAUAAAGGCACUACAAUAAUAUCCAAAGUUACUGGUCGCAAAGAAGAUCUUUGGCAGUUAUAUAAUGAAGUAGUUUAUCCGCCUGUACCCGAUGUUUCAAAGUCCGUUCUUUGGGAUAAUAACCUACGACCAGGUGAAGUUACACAUCGCCGAAAUGAUAUUUUAUACAGCAGCAAAAGACUAUGGAUGCUAGGUCAAAUGAUUCGUGGGAGAUCUGUAGAUGAUGCUUUCGCACAAUUAGGUUUUCGUCGUGAAAAAGGAGCAAGAAUUCUGGAAGAGGUGUUAGAAGAAGCCAUCGAACUAGCAGUUAAGGAGCACGAUUUUGAAUUCUGCACAAAAAUUUGGAUAGAGUCACUGUAUAUUUCACGAGGUCGAAUGGUUCCUCGUUUAUACAAAGGCUUACGCAGUGCAGUGUAUAAAAUUAAUUUUCAUUACACAGAUUUAUAUAUACGUCUUCGAGAAGGUGAUCCUCCGAAAAUUUAUCAUCCACGUGAUAUUAAAGGUGUUUGGACUCCAGCUCCAACCUGUCCACCAGAAGGUAGACCUUGGGGUUCAACACGAGAAAUGGUCCAUCGUGAACUAGAAAGACUGCGUGAACGACGGUUGAGAAGCGAAUUAUAGACAUGAUUUUUUUUAGGAGAAAUAUGAUAAGCUUCUUAUCUGUACAAAUACAAACUGUUUACACUUAUGUAGAUAUUAUCUUAUCAUGCGUAAAUUUUAAAUCUUGUCGUGUUAUGAUGACAUAAAUUUUCCUUUGUAAAAUAAUAUUUGUAAAGU